AUGGGAGUUAGAAAUAGUAGACCUGAUAUUCCAAAACUUCCAAUGGAAAUGUUGGAAGAAUUAGCUGAAUCUCAUUAUAUUUAUUUUUGUACACAAUUUCAUGCUAGAAUAGAUCAAUUUGUAAAUAUGGCUCAAGUGAGCAAUAUCACGGCACUUCGAUAUAAUCCAUUCAAGAAGAAUAUUGUGGAAUUAUUUUGUUCUGAUCCAGAAUCAGGAUCAAUGAGUUUUAGAGACUUUUUAGAAAUGUGUUCAGUCUUUUCAAGAAAGGCUCCAAGAGAAGCUAAAAUUGUUGUAAUUUAUUUAUUAUUUACAUCAUCAUCAAUGGAUAAUUUAAUUAGACAAUCGGAUGUUGAGAAUGUUCUUGCUAGAUUUGUAGGUGAACAAAUGAAAACAAGUUCAGAUAUUAAGGAUCAAAAAGAUAUUACAUCUAUUGCAGGUGCUGCUGAUUGUGUCAUGAGAGAGGCUGAUAUUGAUAACAGUGGUGAAGUAUCAUAUAAGGAAUUUCAAAGAUUAGGACGAUCGAAAAGAAAUGAGGAUAUGUUAGGUGAGGAAUCUGGAGAAGUCUUCGGAAAGGAUCUUAGAGAGAGGAUUGAUGAAGAACGUAAAAUAUAUCAAGAUCCUUCAAUAAUGAUACCAACAAUUGUAAAAUUUCUAGUCGAUUUCUUACGGGAAGCUCCUCCUAGACAGGGAAUAUUUAGAGAAGUUGGAAGUGUAUUAAAUGUUUCGAAUUAUCGUUCGAAGGUUAAUGAAUAUGGUACAAAACCUGUUGAUUAUCGAUCAUUAUUUAAACAUGAAUUGACACCAAAUGAUGCUUCAUCACUUUUAAAAUCAUAUUUUAGAUAUUUACCUGAACCACUUGUAACAUUUAAUGGUUAUGACAGACUUGUUGUUAUUGGACAAACUGAAUUGGAUGAUAAAAAUAGAAUUUCCAAAUUAAAAACAAUGGUAGAAGGAUUACCAACAGUUAAUUAUGAAACAUUAAAAUAUUUCAUAGAUUUAUUAUUUGGAAUAUCAACAAGAGGAGUAUAUAAUAUGGAUGCAAAUAAUUUAGCAGUUUGUUUAAAUCCAUCAAUUUGUUUUGCUAAAGAUAAAGAAUCAUCAGAAUCAUUUUUAAAUUUAAAUUAUGUCAUUACAUCACUAUCUUCAAUGAUUAAGAACUAUCCACAAAUAUUUGAUCAAAAUAUUAAGAAUGAUCAACAACAAGAACCAAUAAGUGAACCUAAAGUAAUUGUUGAAAAGAAAGUAACACCACCACCUUCACCUAAACUUGUAAAACCACAAACUCAACAAACUCAACAUAUUACUAAUAGAACACCUUCUAAAUUAAUAGAUAAAGGAACAUCAACACCAAAAUAUAAAAGUUUUGAUGAAGAUUUUCAAGAUACAAUAUUACAAGAAUUAGAUAGAUUAGAUUCAAAAAUAGAUUUCAGAGAAACUGAAUUGGAAUUAGAAAGAGAUUUAAGAAAGAGUGGUAGAAUGGAUGAUUAUGGUUAUAAAACAUUUUUAGAUACAAAAAAACUUAAUACAAGUGAAAUGUUUAAAGAAUUAGAACAAGCUGAAUCAACUGAAACAUUAGGUGAAGAUGAUGAUUUACUUUUAAAGAGAAGAAAUUUUCAUUCUAAUUUAUCAAUUAUUUUACCAGAGAAUGAACAAGAUUCAUUUCCUGCACAUCCAUUACUAGCUUCAACUGCAUCACCAAUUUCUGUUUCUGCAACAAUACCUCAAAAUGAUCAAGAAACAAAACGAUUAAUGGAAUUAAUUAGACAAUUACAAAAUGAAAAUUCACAAUUAAGAAAGAAUCAAACUGAAAUGUUCAACACUAUUGAAAAAUUACAAAAUGAUGGUGGACAAGCAAAACUAGGUGAUGAAAUGGAAAGAGUUAAAGCAAUUGCAAAUCAUGAAAUUCAACAAAUUAGAAAAUAUAUUUAUAAUGUUGAAGAACAAACAAUUGAGGAAUUAAAACACAUGUGGACUAAAAUGGAUCAUUUAGAAGAUGGAACUAAACAAGCCUUGUUAACAUCAGAUCCAGGUCAUUUUGGAAGACAAAUUUCACAUUUAAAAGAUGAAAUUAAAAAUAUGAAACUUGAAAUUCGAGAUAUAUAUGGCGGAUUUGGUGAAAUUAAUGAAAGAAUGAAAAGUAUUGAAAUAGAUUAUAGAGAAAUUAAUUCAAGAAUUGAUGAUGUAUUAAAAGAAGAACGUUUUAUUAAGGCUAGACAUGAUUAUGAUCUUGAACAUUUAAAACGACUAGUUGAAGAAUCAAAUUCAAGAAUUAGACAAAUGGGAUUAGAAAUUACAACAAUACGAUCAAGAGUUGAUUCAAAAUAUUCGAAUUUAUCUUCACCAACAAUGACUGCAAGUGCUUCAAGUAAAUUAGCAUCGCCUCAAUUUACAACCACAGCAAAUAUGGAACAUAGAACAACAAGUCAUAUUGCUACAAAUUUACCAAUUUCAAAAUAUAAAUAUUAA